UACAUGGAGGCUCACCGCCACCUUGCAAAUCCCGCAGACGAAAUGUCCGGGAACCCACGAGGUGGAGGGACUCUCGACGCACAGUGGAACGUGCUUACGGAAGUCCUAAAUAGAGGCCAAGUGUACCAACGAACGGCACAGCAGUGGAAGACUGUGUGGCGCAACAAGCGCCAAACCAUUAAAAAAAGUACUCGACGUGGAAGGCUGCCUGUGCUCGCACAGGUAAUAGAAAGACUUUCGAGGAUGCCGUGGGGGAAUUUUCCGAAUUGGACGCCCGGGUGCUGCAGCUCUUGGGAUCCUGCCGAGUCGACCAUUUUGCCACCUCGACUCGAGUUUAUUCGAGCGUUGUUGGCCCGCGUUACAUGGACAGCACCGACACGCAGGCCACAACAUCUGCUGCAUCGCUCGAAACAGAGGAGGGCGAAAUGGAAGAGGAGGCAGGAAGCACGGGGGUGACAGGGGUCGAAGACUCGGAUAGUGAUUGGUUUCACUCCGCGGAAGAGCCUCCUCGACAUGUUCCAACGGCAACAUCAAGUCCGCCACGGCCACGGACGCGUCGGGAGGUCAUGGAGAGCCGCGUGGAUGAAUUGAUGGCGGGGUCCGCGGAACACUGGCGUGUCAUGCGAGAGCUCACCCAGCAAGUGGGUAGGUUGGCACUGGGCCAGGAAACCAUGGAGGAAACCCUGGCUGGCGCCAUGAACAACUUGGCGCAGGGCCAGGAAACCCUGGCUGGCGCCAUGAACAACUUGGAGCAGGGUCAGGAAACCCUUAUUGCCGCCGUCAACAACUUGGCGCGCCAACAAGAGACCUGCCACAAUGAGAUUCUCUCCCUGUUCCGUAUGGCCCUCGCUGUGCUUGCCCGCGCAGCUCCUCCUCCCUGGCUGCCCUCGCACGAAUAACUGCGAGGCAGCAGGCCCUUACG